AUGUUAAUUAGAAAAUAGUUACUCUAGCAAAUAAAAGACCCGGAAGUUGUGGAUUAUAACCCGAAACACAGGAUUAGCUAGACUCUAUAGUACAAGAAUAGUGAAUCCAUUCAGGAGGAGGAAGAACACUCUUCUUUGUCCUAGAUUUGUUAGAUUAAACCUGUCUUUGUACAGACUUGUCCUUAACAACCAAUAGACAUCUAAAGUAGCGAUGAUUAUAAGGUUCCCACAAUAACAAACAUUGCUUCUCACAAGAGUUCGGACCAAUUGCUUCAAAAAUCAGAUUCAAAGAAAAUAGUUUUGAUAUCCAAUGAUAGUUCGUACAUUUCUUCCUAAUCUCAUUUUUAAUCCCAUUUGCUAUCUGAACACAAUAGGAAGUCUACGCAAGGGAGAGUAAGGAUUAUCGUAAAUUAAAUAAAAUAGAAGUUGUUGAACUCUAUUCACUAUUCAAAAUACAAUGAUCCACUAGUAACAUAAGAAUAAAAUGAUGUUUCUCCAUUGAGAUAUUACUAUUUCACAAUGUAUGUGUUUUUAUCCGUAAUAUUUUCUAAUUUACUUUCAAUUACUUUAAUACCUUUAAUCAAUCUAUUUGAGGGACCUAGGAUUGUUCAGUAAAUAGUCUUUGGGAUUAAGAUGUUGACUCUUUUAUAGGAUUUGUAUUAUUUAAGAGGGCCAUAUAAAAUUAUUCGAGGAAAAUUGAUCUCCAAUUUCAAGGACUGGAAUAAAAUAUAUUUAGAUUCAUUUCGCCUUAUAGUGAUGGUAGCCAUUGUAUUUCUUGAAUUCGAUAAGGAUGUGAUUCUUAUUAUCCUAACAUCUAUGUUAAUUGUUUCAGACUUGAUAAGAUCUUGGGAAACGUUUGAAAACGUCUACAAAUCGACUCAUUAUAUAAUAUUUAUUGUAUAAUUAUGGAUUUCAUUCAUAGUGUUGUGCACUUGCUUUUUGAAAGUGUUCAAUGAUGAGGAAUACUCUCUAGGAUUUUACAUAACGUAUUCAAUCUCACUGAUUACUUAGAAUUCAAUUAAUUCUCUGGAGAUCACAGAAUAGAAUUCUAUCAUAGUUUCAGCCUUUAUGUUGAUCUCUUAUUUAUGUUAUGUCUACACACUCAUACUCCUAUUUGUCUGGCUCAAACCUGAAUUGGAGAUUCAAGAGGAGAAACAAAAAUUGUUGAAAGGAUUCGUAGAGAUGUUGAAAGAGAAAUGCAAAGAUUACGAUCUCUUGAGGAGAUGUUACUCUUAUUUAGAGUUUAGAAUUGAUGAAGAUAUAGGGAGAACGAAAGAUCAAUUAACUAAGAAGUUGAGUCCUGCCUUAUAGGAUGAGAUUGAUCUGUCUUUGAGAACAAGAAUGAUCGAUAAAAUAGAACUCAUGAAUAAAUUCUCACCUCAAUUCAAAUAACAAUUGUUGUAUGCCAUAGAGUAAGUGACCUUCAAUCCAGAAGACAAUAUCAUCAUUGAACACUAAAUUGAGGAUUUGGGAUUGUAUUACAUUCUCAAAGGAGAAGUCAAAGUGCAGUUCUAAGGAUCGUCUCUUGCCAAUAAUAAAAGGUCGGUCACUCGCUUACAGGAAGGGUAAGCCUUUGGAUAGUACUCUUUUAUCUCUGGAGUGCCUUCAAACAUUAGCAUAUACAGUUGUGGAGUCACCACUCUCUUGAAACUCAAAAGAUCAGAAUUCUUGGACAUAAUCUCCAAUUAUCCUUAAGAUAAUGAAGUUUUCUGUAUGAUGAAAGAUAAUUCAAACUACAAUUAGCAUCUAUUCGAUUGCUAUUAUUGUAAAAUCAAAGGACAUUAUGUUGUUGAAUGUAAACACAUUUAAUACUUCCCAUAAAGACAAAAUGUUAUUGAGAAAUACUUAUAUAGUUUAAAAUAAGUUCGGCAACCUUGUAAAAGAAAGAACAAGAAAUAUCUAACAAUGAAAAAUCUCACUCAAAAUCAAGACAAGGCCAAAUAGGUGAUUAAUAAGCAAACCCAGGAAAUCAUGUCUGAAGAUCUUCCUGAAGCAUCGCAAUUGCCUUAUUCUGAAAAUUAAACUUAUUCUGUCAGUUAUAUAAGCAAUUCAAUGCCAUUUCAAAAACCAAGUCAAGAUCAAUAGAUUUCCAAUAGUAAUGUCAAUGUUGACAGCUUGGAAUAAUUAAAUUAUGAACAAGAAUAAUACGAAGAAGUAACCCCUCCUGUUUUGGAUCAAUCAAUAAGGCGAUUGCGUCACAAUUCAAAUAAAACAUCUCAUCGAACUGCUGGAUUUGUUGGCAACCCUUAAAGUCAAAAUUAUUCAACACUGGAUAAGGAUGAAAAGGAGAUUCUAAUGCAAUUACAAGAGGGGUAGAAGAAUGAAAUAGUUAAUCAAAAAUAACAGUUCUUAUCGACUACCAAUAGGAGUGGUCCAAACAAAUUGACAUUCCAAUUUUAAAAAGAAGGUCUACCUUAGACAGCUAAUAAACAGGAUAUGAUUAAACAAGACUUCAUUCAAUAGUAGUACUCUUAUGGCAAUUUGAAAUUAUCUCAACGAUAACUUACGAAUAGAUCCCAUACAUAUACAAACUCAUAUUCUAAAGAUGUCUCUAAUAAUCCAUCCUCCAAUUCAAGAUAAAAAAAAUCAUAGGGAUUGUCUAGUCAAACAAAAGAUAAUGGCAAGAAGACCAACAGUGCCAAUACCUAAUCAGAUGAGAACAAAAACGUAUAAAAGAGUCAAAGAACUGGAACUAAAUAGAGUAAUUUAGCUUAGCUAUCCUAAUUCUAAGCCAUUACUUCUCCUGAUAAUCAAGGAUAUUUUAUAAAUGAUGUCAUUUUUAACAAAUUUGAAAAAAUGAAAUGUUAUAAGAUCUACUACCCACAUAACAAUUAUGAUCAAGUUAUCGUCAGAUAAUAAAGUUUUGCAAUUGAUGCUCUUAAAAAACAUAAAAGACCACACACAUCCCCUUAUUCAAUCAAAUGUUUUGUAAUCACAAAGAUACGCAGAGUAUAAAGGUUUAUUAAAUAAUGA